AUGUCAUCUAGACAAUUUAGCCAAGGUAAAAAAAGCCAUCGUGGAGGUCGUGGAGGUCGUGGAAGAGGUGAUGGCGGCGGCGAUGAAAGACAUGAUAUAAAACUUUCGAAAUCUUUAUCGUAUGUUUUACGACAUGGAGCAACGAAAGAAGGCUUAAAUAUUCGUGAAGAUGGGUAUAUCAAAUUAGAGGAAUUG